GCUGGUCUGGCACGUGAGGCUUGUAGGAAGCUCCGUGACGUUGUACGUGCCUAGAGAAUGAGUACACUGUUUGAGUUUGGUCAUUUGGUGUCGUAUUCGUUCUGGUUUGGAGCACAGUCAUGGCUUUUGGGGGUGCAAGGAUUUGUUCUGCGAGCAACUGUGACGCGCCACCAGUUUGGACACAUUCAGAGCAGACUGUUUCCGGUUUUCUUUAGAGUUGGCACUAUUGCUACUUUGGUGUCGAUAGGAUGUUUUGCAGUGGCUCACCCUCUUACAGCAGUCUCACCAACUGAGCAGAUGCAGUACAUUCUCCUCGGUGGAUCACUGGUCGCUACAUUAUUGAACCAACUAUGGCUUGGACCUGCAUCAACUCAUCUGAUGAUGGAAUAUCACAUGAUUGAAAAAGAGGAAGGUCUGGGUGAUGAAAUCAAAACAGCCAAUCUGACACCACUGGACAGCAACAAGAAAUAUCAACACGCAAAGAAGGCAUUCUUCCAAUACCACAGCAUGUCCGCUCUUGCACUUGUUGCAUCACUUGGCUGCCUGCUGGUUCACGGCUUCUAUCUCUGUCAGCAUUAAACUCAUAAGGAAAACGAAAUAUUCAAUAUUGACGUCAAAAAUCUGCCAGAUAAUUAAUAUCAACAACUAAAUUGUAGAAUUUUUCAUGACAUGCAAAGAUGAUGGAUAGCAUAGUAGUUCUGUGUCUCAUUUGUGUUUGUAUUUUGCUUCUGGGUUGCUGGCUGUGCGACGAUACUCGUUCAAUGUUCCUUCAUUUU